AUGCAAGUGAAUGAUGCCUGCUGUGCUGUGAGCGAGUUCAUCCUUUUGGGCCUCACUGACAUCCAAGGGUUACAGUACUUUUUCUUCAUUUUAUUCCUGUUGCUCUACUUGACUAGCGUUCUGGGAAAUGGUGUCAUUGUGACCAUGGUCAUAUCUCAGCCCCGGCUCCACACACCGAUGUACUUCUUCCUGGGGAACCUUUCCUGCCUGGACAUUUUCUACUCUACAGUUACUGUUCCCAAGAUGCUGACUGGUUUUCUCUUUGGGCGUCAGCCCAUUUCUUUUGGUGGGUGCUUGGCCCAGCUCUACUUCUUCCACUUCCUGGGCAGUACUGAAGCUGUGCUCCUGGCCACCAUGGCCUAUGAUCGCUAUGUGGCCAUUUGCAACCCUCUGUGCUACACCCUUGUCAUGAACCCAAGGACUUGUCUGCUGCUGGCCAUGGCCAGCUGGUUCCUUGGUUUUGCACAUGCCGUGAUGCAUUCAGUCAUGACCUCUCAACUGAGUUUCUGUGGCCACAACCACAUUCAUCACUUUUUCUGCGAUAUCAAGCCACUGUUGACCUUGGCCUGUAGUAGUACCAGCCUCAACAUGACUCUCCUCAAUGUUGUCACCACAUCAAUUGCUCUAGGCCCAUUCAUUCUCAUCGUCCUCUCCUACCUCUACAUCAUCAUCUUCCUCUUCCAGAAGGUCAGGUCCCAGGAAUGUAGAUGGAAACCCUUCUCCACCUGUGCCUCUCAUCUUACAGUUGUGGCACUAUUGUACGUACCGCUGUUCUUCAAUUAUACACCUCCGUCUUCAUCCAGCUCCUCUAAAAGGGACAUGCAAGUGUCUAUUACGUACAGUGCCAUCACCCCAGCUCUAAACCCCUUGAUUUACACUCUUAGGAAUCAGGAGGUGAGAUCAACUUUGAACAGUAUGUUAGGGAGAAAACUUUCUCCUGGUGGAAAGUGGCAAGGACAAGACUCAUAA